CGAUGAAGUAGCACGGCUGGUGCGUGGCGGCUGCGAGGCCGUGUGUCCCUGUUACUGAAGGUGGUCCGGCAAUCGGUGAUUAUUCGCCAUGGAGACAGGUGCGUUCGGUGUGACCGCAGCGCUGCUAUCGGCUGUGGUUGCUCUGUGCAUUACCUGGGUGAUCAAGAGAAGAUACCAUCAACGUCUAUUUCAAAGGUACGGGAUUCCUGGACCCGUGCCCGGCAUUCUCUUCGGAAACUGGAAGCAGCUUAGGAAAGAUAGGCUACAGGUCAUGGAGGAGUGGAUCCGGGAAUAUGGCAAGGUAUUCGGCUUCUACGAGGGCGAGGUUCCGAAAGGGGUCAUCAGUGAUCUCGACAUAAUCAAGGAAUGCUUCGUCAAGGAGGCACGCACAUUCCGCGACCGAAUGCCUUUAAUAAUCGAAGCGGAGCCCAUCAAGAGCAGUCUACUCGCUCUCAGAGGUGACGAAUGGAAGAAAGUGCGUUCCGUGCUCAAUCCGGCCUUCAGCAGCGCCAAGAUGAAGUUGAUGUCGCAAGUUAUGAAUGACUGCGGCAACACGCUGGUCAAUGUUAUCUCGGAGAGGCUCACCGCGGGUCAAGACAUCAUCGACGCGACUAAACUAUCACAGGCACUUUCCAUGGACGUCAUCACUAAGUGUGCUUUCGCUUGGCAGGUUGAUUGCCAGAGAAACGGUGACGACCCUACGCUCAAACUUUUGAAUAAGAUGUUCCUUGAUGUGGACCAACGUAUGAUGGCGUCUGCAGUCGCCAUUCCGAUUCUCCGAAAGGUUUACGCUUGGAUUUUCCCUCUGAUGAACUAUGGGAAGGUGGUAAUUCAGAUUGCUGACAACCUCCGCAAGGUCAUAGGUGUCCGAUCGGCGGAAAAAGAAGGGAAACAACGAAGCUCCGUGGACAUUAUCCAGCUGUUGCUCGACUCUAGAGCCGAGGCUGCACAAGAAGACAGCGGCACAGUAGAAAUCACGGACAGACACCUUGUGGCAAAUUGUUUUGUCUUUCUCGCAGGAGGCUUCGAGACAACCGCUACGACACUCGCCUUCAUUUUGUACGAACUGGCCCGGCAUCCCGAAGAGCAGGACAUGCUUUUCCAAGAGGUCAACUCCCAGCUGGCGGAGGGCACUGUUCGCCUCGCUUACGAGGAUGUCCAGAAGCUCAAGCGAAUGGACAUGGUAGUGAGCGAGUGCCUCCGACUCUAUCCUCCUAUCGUCCUGUUCACCGCUAGGGUGUGUUCAAAAGACACGGCAGUCGCGGGUUACACUUUGCCCGCUGGCACGCACGUCAUUCUGCCCACGUGGCACGUUCACCAUAACCCAAACAUAUGGCCCGAGCCGCAAAAAUUUAUUCCAAGUCGAUUUCUCUCGGACACCGGGCAACAAGAACGGAGGCACGCGGCGGCAUACGUGCCGUUCGGUUUGGGACCGCGCGAGUGCAUAGGGCGUCGGUUCGCCUUGCUAGAGUUGAAGACGGUGCUCGCCAAAUUAGUAAGGACGUACGUUUUCAGCGCGUGCGAUGAGACCGGUGACCCGAUGAAGCUAACCGUGCCGAUGGUCACACUCAAUCCUGUUCGCAAUAUCAAGCUUCUAGUGACACGACGAAGCUGAAACACAUGUACCUGUUUUCAAGUUGCUUUCGCUCGGCUGAAUGAAUUAUUCGAAUUUGGCCCGUAAUUUUAAUUUCGGGGUAUAUUCACUUCAGCUCACGCAUUUUCUAUUCAGCCACAUUUUCUUAGGGUGUAUACAACCUUAGAGACUGCAGGCAUUUGGAAUGCUUUUUUAUAUGUACUUGCUUAUGGCUUGGGAUCAAAAGUCUGUU